AUGGCUGAGACGCUAGUGAGAGCUGCUGUGACCGUGCUCAGCCAGACAGAGCUAGCUAUUGGCCCUCAUGUCGAUCCACGCGAUGCUUUGGCGCAGUCCGUCUCGCUCUUCUUGCGCUCCCUGCAACACUUUCCGCAUUUGCCUCUCGACUUUGCUCUGGAAACGUAUCGAGACUUCUUCGUUCUCGUCGCCCGCUGGAGGAGUGAACAAGAUCGAGAAGACGCCCGUCACACAAUCGACCGUGCACGCCGAUGGCUCGAAGAGUCGACAGCUGAACAACGCGAAGCACUCGACCUUCAACUAGUCUCUGAGCCAUGGUUCUUCGGCGGACCGUGCGCUUUGACCACCCAAUUCUUGACUUGCAUACUCGAAGAAAACUCAGGUGCAGGAAGCGCUGACGAAACGGCUACGGUAUUGAAGCUCCUCUUCGACAGCCUCGAAGUGGCGACUGACAAUCCGACGGACAGAGGCGAAAUGCGAUUCGCCAUUCUGCGUCUGCUUGCAAUCCUGCUCGACGCUCUCGAUGAGAUCGGUCUCGUAGAUCGCCAUUCGGCUCAAGGCAUUGAGAGACUUGAUGGCGAUACUCAAUACCAGCUUCGUGUAGCAAGGUUGCUCGUCAACCUAGUUUGGCGAGCACCCGAGGCGUAUGUGAAGUCAGCAGCCGGGAUCUUCGAUCGGCUCAGGGAGCGAGACAUUCUUUCUUGGCAUCUCUCGUAUGCGGUGACCGAAGCGAUUUUGGACAUGCUGCGUUACGAUAUAAGCGCUUACAGGGAAACCAAACCUGCCGUCGAUCCGGGCUUGCUGUGCGGCAUCGAUGUGCUCUUCCAGUCGUCCAUCGACAUGUUCAUGCAACUCGUUAACAAUGACAUAGCACAAGACAUUGAGGCCGACUUGCUCGAGCCACUAUCUCGAAUGAUGAACUCGCUUCUAGAGCUUACCGCCGCUUCUCCAGACGACCAGUUCCUGGCGGAGCUGGAUGCAGUGGCGACAAAGCUCUACACUAUUAGCGAGCAGACACUCGAGCGAGCCCGAGGUUUGGAGCCAAUCCCCAUGUGA